AUGUUCCUCAGUAAAUGCGACGGGGAAUUAAGCGAGCUACGGAAGAGCGUGGACAGCGAAGGCACCACGCCGGAAAACCUGGACGAAGAGCCGCCCAAGAAGAAGCAUCGCCGCAACCGCACCACGUUCACCACCUACCAGUUGCACGAGCUGGAGAGAGCCUUCGAGAAGUCUCACUACCCGGAUGUCUACAGCCGCGAAGAGCUGGCCAUGAAAGUCAACCUGCCAGAGGUCAGAGUUCAGGUCUGGUUCCAGAACCGGAGAGCCAAGUGGCGCCGGCAGGAGAAGAUGGAAGCCAGCUCCAUGAAGCUGCACGACACCCCCAUGCUCUCGUUUAACCGGCCCGCCAUGGCGGCCAACGUCGGCCCGAUUGGUAACUCUCUCCCUUUGGACCCAUGGCUUACGUCUCCCAUCUCCGGCGCCACCACGGUGCACAGCAUCCCGGGGUUCAUGGGCCCUGCCCAAACACUGCAGCCGGCCUACGCCGGGCAUUCGUUUCUCAACAGCCCUCCGGCGAUGCCCCAGGGCAUGCAACCCAUGGCCCCCGCGGCAUACCAGUGUGCCACUACGUUUGUGGACAAGUACCCCUUGGAGGACGUCGACCAGCGGAGCUCAAGCAUCGCCUCGCUGCGCAUGAAAGCCAAAGAGCACAUUCAGACCAUUGACAAGACGUGGCAGCCGAUUUGA